CUAGUCUACCUUUAUGGUUCGCUGUAAACACCGCAGAGAGUGGACUUUAAUACUGAAUAGAAAAUUCGUAAUUUAGGGCUUUUACAUUAGAACAGCAUCGUCUCUGGCUCUACUGUAUAAAAUUGUAUAUAGCAUAGACAUUCAGCCAUGUCAAUGAAAGUGAAUAUUGCAUCUUUAGUAUUGGAAGACGGGACAGCGUUUCAAGGCCGUCUGAUUGGGGUCAAAGCUUCAGUGUCUGGUGAAGUUGUUUUCCAGACAGGAAUGGUGGGUUAUCCAGAAGCUCUCACUGAUCCCUCAUACAGGUCCCAAAUACUAAUUCUGGCUUACCCACUGAUUGACAAUUAUGGUGUUCCACAAGAUGAGGAUGAAGAGUUUGGACUCAGCAAGUGGUUUGAAUCUUCCAGAAUUCACGCAUCUGCUGUCAUUGUUGGGGAGGUCUUUGAGAAUCCCAGUCACUGUAGCUCAGCCAAGUCUUUGGAUCAGUGGCUCCGAGAGCAAGGCAUCCCUGGGCUGCAGGGAGUUGAUACACAAAAUUUGAUCAAAAAGAUCACAGAAAGUGGAACCAUGUUGGGGAAAGUUGUGAUGGAAGGAACUUCUGCCACUGACAUUGAGUUUCUUAAUCCAGACAGCAGAAACCUUGUUAAAGAAGUUUCUGUUAAAAAACCAAGAGUUUUUAAUAUAAAUGGCACUGUGAAGAUCACUGCCAUAGACUGUGGCAUUAAUUACAAUCAGAUCCGCUACCUGUGCAAGAGAGGUGCUCGGGUCACUGUGGUCCCCUGGGAUCAUCCUUUGGAAGCCAAUGACUUUGAUGGGCUAUUCAUUAGUAAUGGCCCUGGCCAUCCAGAAUGCUGUAAGGAGACUAUAGAGAAUGUACGGAAUGUGGCAUGUGUGGAAAACCCUAAAACUGUCUUUGGAAUAGGCUUGGGUCAUCAGCUUCUAUCUUUGGUCAUUGGUGCAAAGACAUACAAAAUGACGUAUAGUAUCCAUGGUUAUAACCAGACCUACAUCCAUAAAGGUACCGAUUACUGCUUCAUCACCUCUCAGAACCAUAGAUUUGCUGUGGAUCCUCAAACUCUCCCAGAAGAUUGGGAUGUGCUCUUUACCAACACCAAUGACCAAACCAAUGGGGGCAUUGUUCAUAACCACAAGCCGCUUUUCAGUGUCCAGUUCUGUCCUGAACACAUGGCUGGGUCUACAAACCUAGUCAGUCUCUUUAAUGUCUUUAUGGACACAGUCAGAGACUCAAAAGAGGGCAAAGCUGGAAAACCAAUUAAGCAAAGACUGUCAGAGCAUCUUAGUUUCCCUGGAUCUUCUGAGCCAGAAGAAUUUGUUCGGCCUUGUAAAGUUCGAAUUCUUAGUUCGGGAGGGCUCUCUAUCGGACAGGCUGGAGAAUUUGAUUAUUCUAUUCAGGCGCUGAGGAAGACUGGUCAAGAUCCUCCAGUAAAGAUGAAUGUGGACUGCAUGAAGUCCCAGAAUCUCAUUCGUUUACCUGGUCUGAUUGAUGUCCAUGUGCACUUGAGGGAGCCUGGUGGCACCCAUAAAGAGGACUUCUCCUCAGGCACAGCAGCUGCCCUGGCAGGAGGUAUCACCAUGGUGUGUGCCAUGCCGAACACCAACCCUCCCAUCACUGACCCUAGCUCCCUUGCUAUGGCCCAGAAGCUUGCCAUGGCUGGUUGCCGCUGUGAUUAUGCUCUCUUCCUGGGUGCGUCAUUAGACAACGCCUCAAUUCUUCCAUCCAUUGCAAGCUCUGCAGCUGGCCUGAAGAUGUACCUGAAUGACACAUACUCCACUUUGAAAAUGGACAAUGUUUCAAUAUGGAUGGAGCACUUUGAGAAGUGGCCAAAGCACCUGCCAAUUGUGACACAUGCAGAGAAACAGACUGUGGCAGCCGUCUUAAUGGUAGCACAGCUGUAUCAGAGACCUGUUCACAUCUGCCAUGUUGCCAAGAAAGAAGAGAUUCUGAUCAUCCGAGCUGCUAAACAAAAGGGGAUCCAGGUGACGUGUGAAGUUGCCCCUCAUCAUCUCUUCCUGUGUGAAGAUAAUGUGCCUGUCAUUGGGAGCGGCAGGGCACAAGUACGGCCCAUGCUGGGAACACGAGAGGACAUGGAGGCAUUGUGGGAAAAUUUAGAUAUCAUUGACUGUUUUGCUACCGACCAUGCUCCUCAUUCAGUAGAUGAGAAGAACUCAGAUAAACCACCUCCAGGUUACCCAGGGCUAGAGACCAUGUUGCCUCUUCUGCUCACAGCAGUCAAUAAGGGGUGCCUCACCAUUGAUGACAUUAUUAAGAGGCUUUACGAGAACCCCAGAAGAAUAUUUGCUCUCCCUCCUCAAGAGGACACCUACGUAGAGGUGGAUUUGGAGCAAGAGUGGAUAAUUCCGAAGCACAUGCAAUUCACAAAGUCUAAGUGGACGCCCUUUGAAGGCAUGAAAGUGAAGGGAAAAGUCACGAGGGUGGUGCUCAGAGGAGAGGUGGCCUAUAUUGAUGGACAGAUGUUGGCACAACCAGGUAAUGGCCAUGAUGUGAGGUCAUUGUCAGCAGUCUCCACAGGAGCACCUGAGACAUUAAAGAAUGCACCUAAGAACCAUGCUUCCCCAAUUGGUGCCCACAGCCAGACAGCCACACCCAGGAAGCUGGAACCCACUAUUCACAGCCAGACUAAGAGUGCCGAGAAGGAAGAGGCAACAUCUAAAGAAGCAGCCGUUUUAAACAGAGCAGUGGCGGAGUUCAUUUGUAUUGACCAUAUACCAAUAUCUACAGUGGAAAGAUCUGGAUUUAUGCACCUAUUAGAGAAACUGGAUGGCAAAUAUGAACUGCCCAGCAGAGACUUUUUUAUGAACAAAGAAGUGCCAAAACUAUACACAGAAACUAGAGAGACAGUAAAGGGAGAACUUGAAGGAAUUGGAUGUUAUGCCUGUACCACAGAUCUGUGGACCAGCAGAACAAUGCAGUCCUACAUGACUGUAACCAUUCAGUUCAUAACAAAGAAUUGGCAGAUGCAGUCAUGGUGCCUUGGCUGUGCAGAACUUAAUAGUGACCAAACAGCAGAGAGCCUGAAGGAGGCAUUCAAUGAGAUGUUGGGAGAUGAGUGGGGUCUCAAUUUACAUCACAUGGCAGGAAUUACGACUGAUAAUACCUCAAAUAACACGAAGGCCUUCUUUGACUACAACUGGAUUCCUUGCUUUGGGCAUAAUCUUGACUCUGCUAUUCAUAAAGGCCUCAAUGUUGAUUACGUAGGCACAGUCUUGUCUCUGCUUAGAACAACUGUCUCUACUUUUUCAAGAUCCUUUAAGUUGACAAGACAGCUGGAGUCAAAACAGGCAGAGCUUGGUCUACCGAAACACAAAUUGCUACACGAUGAACCUUUACGUUGGGUGUCAUCAUAUGACAUGGUGGACCGCUUUUUAGAACAGCAACAAGCUGUUAAUUCUGUGUUAGCUGAUAACAGAGAUAAGUGGCAUCUCAUGCCAAAGGAAAUUGACAUUGCUACAAUAGAGGUGUUGAAAAAUGUUCUUGGUCCUUUGAGAGAUUUCACUUAUGCAUUAAGUGGGCAGCAGCAUACCACAACAUCCUCGGUGCUCCCACUGCUAUUCAAGGCUGAAUCAAUUUUAACAGUAUCUGACUCUGACAGCCAACUAAGUUCUCGCAUCAAGGAUUGUGUGAGAUGUGAUUUACAAAGCCGAUACAAUGGAGAAGACUUGCGGGCAACUUUGAACUGUGCCACAUUUUUGGAUCCAAGGUUUAAAGACACCUUUGUGUGUAAAGGACAAAAGCUGGAAGAGCAGUUGCAGCAGAAAGUUGAAAAUGUGGCAUGUACAUUCCCGAAAAAAGAAGUAACAUCACACACAGCUGAGGAUGAUGUUACAUGCUCUGCAGAUCGACAGCAAAAACUAAGGAAAGAAUUGGCAAUAUACCACAAAGUACCUGAGAUCGACACAGAAAACGACCCGCUUGAUUGGUGGAGAGAACAUGAGGACAGCUUGCCAGUCCUGUCAAUGAUUGCAAGGAGGUAUCUUUGUCUCUCCGCUACAAGCGGUGCAUCAGAGCACAGUUUUAGAACCUCAGGUUAUACAUGUACUCCACACCAUACAAUGCUGACACCACAGCAUGCUGAAAUGCUUGUGUUUCUUGCUAAAAACCUGCACCAGGUCAAGAAAUUGAACAUGUAAACUGGUAAAGCACUUAUGGGCACUUUGAAUUUAAACUUGUAAAUGAAAUUUUGAUCUAAUUUAACUUUCCAGGUGCACAGUUGUUUUGGAGUUGAUCAUUCAUGUUCAGUUUUUAAAAGUUGUCAUGAGAAUUUGCAUGUGAAUCAAAUUUGCAUUUAAGGAUCUGAGUCUAUUAAAAUACCUGUGUGUUAUUUGAGAGGUGUCUAUGGCAACUUUGUUGUAAUCUCAUUAGAUGGUGUGUUUUCUUCUUUAAAAUAAUUUCAUAUAUAUUGUAUAUAAUAGGUUUUACUUUGACACUUAACAAAGAAGUAACUUUCCAUUCCCUUUACUUGUUAUAAGAACAUUUGUAUUCAAUAAACUCAGCUCAUUACUUAACACUCCUGCUUCUGCCCUUCUUCUGCAUUGGCCUGUUGGUUAGUAAAAGAUUUACCUUAUUUUUUGCCUGAUGUAAAUUUUAAAGUGUUUCAUUUGUGAAAUACAAAUUUUUUAGCUAAAAUAUCAGUGUGCGUACAUUUACUCUGUUUUUACUCAUCUUAUUGCAUUGUUGUCAAGUUAACACUUCUAUGAGGUAAUUGUAGAAAAGUGUGCACAUCCAAACCAAGUUGGGCACAGGUGCAGGACUUGACCGGCUUUAAAUAUCAGAUACCAAAUUGUAUACUUCCUGAUGGAGAGAGAGAUCUAGAGACAAAGUAAGCUAAAUCUAACAAUCUUGGUUUAUGAUGGAAUGAUGUUGCUUAACCUAUGCAUAUCAAUUACAUAUAUUUUUAUCUUAUUGCAUUUUUUCGAAUGUUUUCAUCAUUCAAUUUGUGAUAUAAAAGCUUUAUGUAGGAUGUGCUGCUAUAAAAUCAGAGCUAUACAUAAACAGAUCUCAAAUUCACUGUACUUAAACCACAAUCUCUCUUCUUCUAUAGCGAAAACUACAGACAUGUUGAAAUAUAUAAACACUAUUGUGUGAAUUGUCUAUAAUGCUUUAGUUUAGUUUAGUUUAGUUUAUUUAGCACCAUGAGAAGUAUAGAAGAAUACACAACAGAAAAGAGAUGUGCAGGAGAGUUUUGAAACUCUAAUGGGCUUAUGUGAAUUCCUCACCUUAUCAGUGACAUUCAUUUACUGCAUCUUAGAUUAAAAUGUAAAAUAAAAUAAAAACUUUCAUGUUUGAUUUAAUAAAUGCACUAGUAACUUUUAAACUUGUCUGCUCACAGUGCUUGUAUGUAUGUGUGUGUUGUUUCAAUAGAGCUCUGUUGUUAUUCUGUACACCAGCUUAUUUGCAUUAGGAAGUAUAAAGCAUAGCUGUAAGAUUUGUUUGCGCUUGUGUGGUUGGUGCCAGCGUGUCAGUUUGUUACCAAUAUGUAGAUUAGGGCACCUGUAAAAUAUGAAAAUGUGAAAAGCACACUGUAUUAGAGAGCUGUCAAGGACGAAGAGAUGUCACGAUUACUUUGUCCACUCCUGUCAACUCGUGAGAAUGGCCUUCUUUGCAGCUUACUAAGUCAUGACUGCGGCGUAAGGACACUUUUAUGCAUUCAUUUUUUCCCCUUCUCUAACUAUCUCUUUAUUUGUAGUAUUAUUUUUUGUUUUGUUAAAAGCAGUCAUAUUUAUGUCAGUCCUUAUAUGGUAUUUGCAUUGAUGUCUGUGACUAUAGUACCAUCCUUUAUUCCUGUAUAAAAACAACAAAAAAACAACUACUUUGUUUUAGUAUUUUUGAGGUGCGAUCAUUUAGAUAUUGAUGCUGUAUGUCAUGUUACAAUGAUCUCAUAUACAUGGAUGUGUUUUUAUGUUACAAGUGAUGUCAGUUACACGUGUAGAAAUGGCUGCUAUUCUAUUCCCAAGAUUUAAAUUUUUAUGUGUUAAGAAUUACAUUUUUCUUUCUAACGUAAAGUAGCCAGGGUUCCCACGCAUCUUGGAAAUCCUAGAAUUUUGCAAUACAGUUUUCCAGUUAUGGAAAUGUAAUGGAAAAUAAGGAAUAUACCUUAAUGUCCUGGAAAAUAUGUUUGUAUGUAAUGUAAAAAAACGUUUUGAUUGUGUUGCUGACAAGUUUUUGUGACAUGUACAAAUAUUGAUAUUGUGCAAUUUGUUUUAGUUCUGCAGCAUAUUCAGACUAUUUAUUUAUUUGAAAGAAAUCUCUUUUUGGAGUUUAAGAAUCACAUUGGGACAUGUAGCAAACUGCUAAUCCAGAGGUGAGAAACUACUGUCAAAAACACACAGAAAUGUCAAAAUAAAAGCUUGAUUAAAAUGGACACGUGAAAUGGAAAAAUUGAUUUUAUUGCAGAUUUUAACUGCAAUUGAAUAAUAAUAAAUAUAAUAAUAAUUUAUUAAAGCAAUAACUCAUAUGUGAUGUUUUGUUGUGCAGCAAUUCAUUUGACUAAAAUAAUGCAAUGUUAUGUUGAAAAAUUUAAUUAAAUCUAUUUUCAUUUGACUACAUUUUUAACAAAUUCAUUUGAUUAGACACCAUUUUGAUGAUGAUGAAAUUUAAUUAUACUGUCUAAUAUGGAUUAAAAAAAAUUACCACAAUUUUACGACCUCUCGUGUGUUUUUGCUUAAAUAUUACAACAGUGUGACACAAAAGAUGUCCUGGAAAAUUGUGCCUUGAAAAGAGUGGAUACCCUGAGUAGCACAUCUAAUUUUCAUAAAAUUUUCUGUGACUUAUGCUCUAGCUGUUCACUAUUCUGGUUUGCCAUUGAAAUGUAUUGUGGCUUUGCUAAUACUGUUUAUGAUCAUUUGUUUGUGCUUUUUCUUAUUUGUAAAUCACUUUGGA